GGGGGGGACACCUGCUAGCCCCUGUGUUGCCUCCGCCCUUGCAAAACAUUAUCUUUUUAAUCUUUCUUUAGAGUAUUUCUCGGCAAUAUCGAUCACUACUACUAACCAUUUAUCUGUGGACGCACAAAUACAUAGCCUAUUUUUGAAAGGGAAUUGGCCAAUUGAGAGAUAUACGUAUAAAGAGAGAUAGAGAGAGAAAGAGGGACCAAGGCGCUCCAACAGUGCUAAUGAACCUCCAUACUCGCGGCGGUGUUGAUCACACCUGGCCAUCAUCUUACAUGCCCUGGGUUCAUGCUCCACCGUCGUUGGCAUACGAGUAACAACGAUGACAGUGGUGGACCCAAGAUUCUUUUCACCUUACCAGGUGGAUCUUGCCAUUGUCAGAAACUCGUUGACUGUUGCAGAUGGCAAUCUUAGCAGUGUUUUGGACGUGAAUGGAAAUGUGUUAUUCAUAAUUAAGGACAAAAACUUUAGCCUUCACGAUCGUCAUAUCUUGCUAGAUGCAUCAGAAGCUCCGAUCCUCACAUUUCAGAAAAAGCGUGUAACGAUGCAUAGAAGGUGGCAAGCUUUCAGAGGAGAGAGCACAAGCGCAAAAGAUUUGAUCUUUAGUACAAAAAAGUCGUCAGUCAUUCAAAAACUCACGGAGCUAAAUGUGUUCUUAGCAGACAACAAAGAGGAAACCACAGGUGAUUAUAAGGUUGUAGGAGACUGGAAGAAAAGAUCUUGCACAGUCUCUUCGUAUGAUGGUGCUACUAUCCUUGCGAAGAUGCACAAUAAUCAUAUUGAUACAUGCAUUGAGUCCGAAGAGAACACAUUUGCAAUAACCGUGUCCCCAAAUGUUGAUUACGUGCUUGUGGUAGCACUCAUGGUGAUUCUUUAUGAAGUGAACAAGGAUCGUAAAAAGAAGAAAAUGAAAGGGAGCAAAUGUGGUGGUAGUAAGGAUAUUGUAGAAGAGAGUGAAGAUAGCAAUGAAGAUGAUGAGGAAGAAGACGAGGAUACAGUGGAUUCAGAUUGAUUUCUUUUCUAUGUUGAUUGUAUUUCUCUAGAAUAUAUACUCUAGUAGCUCUUUGUACCAUAUGAAAUUUCUCUACCCCAAAAGGAACAUUAUUUUACUAGUC